AUGCUAGCUGAGCGAUAUGGAUUGAAAGAGUCUCACCAUGUCUACCUUGAGGAAUCUGUUGCGAUGUUUCUCGACACUGUUGGUCAAGAUAAGACUAAGCGGGAUAUUGCUGCAAGGUAUCAAAGAUCAUUGGAUACGGUCCAAAGGAAGCUUGAUGAUGUUUUGAGUGUUCUUCUGAAGUUUGCGGAUGAUACAUUAAGACCACAAGAAGGCGAGUUUGGAAGAGUGAGUCCUGUUUUGAGGAAUGAUGAUCGGUAUUGGCCUCAUUUCAGAGAUUGUGUUGGAGCACUCGAUGGAACUCAUGUGUCGGGUCGCCCUCCAAGUCAAAAUGCAGAAGCAUAUAAAGGUAGAAAGCAAGAUCCUACAAUGAAUGUUCUUGCUAUAUGUAACUUCGACAUGAAGUUCAUAUACGCAUAUCUCGGUGUACCUGGUAGAGCACAUGAUACAAAGGUCUUGACUCAUUGUGCGAGGAAUGAAGCUUCUUUCCCACAUCCUCCUCCUGGAAAGUAUUAUCUUGUUGACUCGGGAUAUCCGACCAGGACGGGGUAUCUUGGUCCGCAUCGGAGUAUGCGAUAUCAUCUUGGUCAGUUUGCUAGAGGAGGACCAUCAGUUAGUGCACGAGAGUUGUUCAACUGA